AUGAGUUUUAAUAAAACUACUCUUUUCUUACUGUUUAAAAAAAUAAAAAUUAAUAUAACCCCCACCACUUUAUUUAUUAUUUUUUUUACGUAUUCUUACUAUUAUUGUGGGUUUUUACAAUCUUUCAAUUAUAUAAUAUAUAAAAUUUAUUUAAAUAAAAAUAAAUAA